GAGGUCAGAAGAAGGACGACGCGUGUUUCCGGUUUCCAGUCUGAGUACAGUUAGGUAGCAAACAUGGUUCGUAAACUGAAGCAUCACGAGCAGAAGCUGUUGAAGAAGGUGGACUUCAUCAACUGGGAGGUGGACAACAACCUGCACGAGGUGAAGGUGUUACGGAAGUAUCACAUCGAGAAGCGCGAGGACUAUACGAAGUACAACAAGCUGAGCCGUACCAUCAGGGAGCUGGCCCAGAAGAUCAGAGACCUGGAUGAGAAGGAUGGCUUCAGAGCUCAGAGCACGCAUCAGUUAUUAGAAAAACUGUACAGCAUCGGCCUGAUCCCCACCAGACAGAACCUGUCCCUGACGGAGAAAGUCACAGCGUCUUCUUUCUGCAGGAGGCGGCUGCCCUGCAUCAUGCUGAAUCUUCGCAUGGCUCAGAACCUGAAGACAGCCACUACUUUCAUCGAACAAGGACAUAUUCGCGUCGGCCCAGACAUCAUUACCGACCCAGCAUUUCUGGUCACAAGAAAUAUGGAAGAUUUUGUCACCUGGGUGGACUCCUCUAAGAUCAAGCAGCAUGUCCUGAAUUAUAACGAUGAGAGGGACGACUUUGAUCUGAUAGCAUGAGUGGGGAUGAAGGCAACAAGAACUCUGCUGCAGAAACAACAAUGGAGCAAGAGUGUUCAAAGCUCCAACCAGAUAACCUCACAUCCUAAAGGAAAAGAGGGGGAAAGACAUCACUAUUAUGUCUGGCAUGUUCACUGUAGAUUCCUCUGGAUGUGGAGGAUGAAUGCUGCUACAGCAAGUAUGAGUAAAAUACCCGAGUCCAGUCAAUAGUUUCACUAUGGAAAUAUAAAGUUCAUUAUUUAUUGGGAAAAAAAUAGUUAAACUUCUGUGCUGUAACGUUGCAUUUUGUUUUAGUAGUAUUAAGAUGUUUGAACAAUAAUAUCAUUCUUUCUGUUUUUAUGAUGGUGAGAAAAUAUUGAAGCUUGAAUUUGAACACAAGGUCGUAAUUGGAAGUGAGUGUGCUUCAAUGCUGCAGCUUUAGAAAAACUGCAUGAAAAGGUAGAUGUCAGGCUUAGCAGAACCGCUGAAAAUGUGGCUUCUGGCUGGUGUACUUUGAUGUCUUGACUCAAAAAUAGAACAAGUUUAUAUUGUUCUAGAACAGGGAAGUAUUAUGGUAGUCCUCAUUACAAUGAGAACUACCCUAAAGCCAUCAGCCAGUGUUCUAUGGCACUGUUCUUUCUCUUCAGUCCACAUGUCUAACGUGUGUGUGUGUGUGUGUGGGGGGGGGGGGUAUCAAGGUCCUUCAUUUGAUUCUGUAUAUGCACUGCUCAUGUAGUUGAUGUUUUAUGUGUAAUGACAAAGGUAAUUGGUAUUUAAGCCAAAUCUGAAUCUGAUCAGAAGAACUUUGUGACGAACCGCAACAACAUCAACUUUGUCUAGCAGCAGAAACCCGGUCCCAAGAAAGGCAUAUAGUUUUCAGAAUAAAGUACUGUAAAAGAAUAAAUAAAUGUGUGUAUUGAACUUAUCAAUGUCAACAAAAUGUAUAACAAACUGAAGUCCACAUGGGGAGGGUUGACCCGAUGUUCAGAUGGAUACCAUGUGGUUUUGCAAUUAUUUUGUAAAAUCUCAUUACCGUAUUUUUCGGACUAAGUCGUUCUGGAAUAUAAAUAGCAUCAGUCCAAAAUGUGUCACAAAGAUGAGGGAAAAAAACAUCAAUCGCAGGAUUGGCCAAACUAUGAAAAAGUGUGAACUAUUGUCCGAAUAAUACGGUAAUUGGUGUUCCAUAAUUUAAUAAUUGAACUAAAAGAUAGUGGAAAAAGUAAACUAAAAUUGUUCCCCAGACACUGAUUUACUGUAUAUGCUGUUUAUAAGAUCCCAUGGGUUGCCUGGAGGGAUUUAUUUUCAACAAAGUAGUGAUUUCGUUUAGCUUUUAUUGCAUCUCAGUAAAUAGAAAGUAUUAAUUUUAGUAUUUCACUUUAAUAAGUGAAACCCAAUUAUUAAAUUGAUUCUUUUCACUAAGAUAUGUUGUGUAGCCUAAAUGUAUUUUUUGGUUAUUUUUAUUAAUUGUGAUUAUUUUAUUUUAUGCCUCGUUUUAAAUGUCCAGCUUGUUUUCCUAUUUUGAUCAUUGUGUAGCUUUACUUUGGGAUUGUUCAUAUAUUGAUUCAUGAUCUGUUUAAUAGCUAAGUGACAAAAAUCCAUUUCAAAUAUUGGUUUUGGCAGUAAUCUGGGCUUCAUAAAAGGUGUGAAAUACUGAUCAUGGUAGAAUUGAGUGUCGUAAAAAACGUAAUCAAAACUCGUGAAUGUGGAUAUCAAAAUAACAUGGUAAAUAUUAAUGUAGUAAACAUUAAGGUUAUAAAAUUUAACAUUUCGCGUUUUUAUGUAUCGUCUUUUUACUGCUUCAGUUCUAUUCACUGCAUCCAUAGUGUCUUUUUGUUCCUUGCGGUAGAUCGGAACGCGGCAGCGCAGUUUUGUACAUGAUAUUUAGAUACUUGAUGAUGGCGCGCAUCCUACGUCGCCGCCAUAUUGGAUGGGUCUCUCCUACUCUAGGCUGGCACAGGAGUUGACGCAGACGGAGCAACUUUGCCCGUGUUUUCUGCAGCUUACGGUAGCAUUGAGGGACAGAAACCCAACAGACGCCCCAUCAUUUUAUGUUUAUUUGUUAUCUAUGUAUUUCAUCUGAAUGUAUUACAGCUGAAUCGUGUUGCCAAAACCUGUUGGGUAAGCCCUGGGGUACCAGCACAUGCAAGAAGUUGUGCAAAACAGUUGUUUUUCAAGCGUCUUAAGCUCCAGACCUAAUUGCAAGCUGGGUAAUGUAAGACACUGGAAUGACCUGGAAAUUGUAAAGCACGCUUCUCCAGGUCUUUAAAAAAACACUAUGUAUGCAUGCACAGCAAUUAGAAAAUAAAUUACUGUCUGUUGAUGUUUAGAGAAGGCUCAGGAUUGUACACGUGAGAGUGAAAUAAAUUAAAAUGGACAACCCAA